AAUAACAAUACUUGUAUUGAAUUAACUUUUAAUAAAACUUAUUGACAAGUCUCAACGUACUUCUUCUGUCUUGUUUUCUUUCUAUUUUAUUUCUUUUAUUUAAUCCCUUAAACCUACCUGAACCACAACAGGACUGGUUUGAUUCGUUGUUUGUAGGUAUUGAUGAAUGUCAUACCUUAUUGCUAAAAAAACUCUUUACGCGUCAAAGUUACAAAAGAUCCUACUCUUACGUUCUGCUAUGAAUUUUUCAUCAUAUUUAUCAGUCAAGUUUAUACAUCAUCUGAAAUCACUGAAAAAGAAUCAACUUAUAAUUUCAGAGUAAUUUGGAGAUUUCUUGAUGUUAUUAGAAUGGUUACUCCGUAUUGCAAGUUUAUUCCUGGCGAAACUCGCGUUCAGGCAAUAAACUUUGAGCUGAAGCGCCGAGGUCUUUCAUUAUCCCACUAUUAUAAUGCUGAUGGUAUUCUUCUUGACAAAGAUUUUGAUCUGGAACUUGUAAUCUUGGAGACAACAGGACCAUUUGGCCUAAAAGAUAUCACACGUGAAACAACUGACCACAUAAAGGCUGCAUAUGGAUUAUUGGCAAUGUCACAUAAAAUAGCCUAUUGUUAUGAAUAUGCUGACGCCAAUAUUUUCAACAAGCUAAAGGUAUACUUUAUCCACGCUGCUGAUGAAAGAAUCCGUUUCCGUGCAGUGUUACCGAUAGAUCAUACUGGCACGAAGAAAAAAUUCAUGGACAUUACGAAUAUGAUGUGGGAGCUUAAGACCAGUAUUGACCAUUCUCAUGAACUAUUACACGAGAACAAAAGGUCCCAUGAAAAAAACAAACAAUUUAUCGAGGAACACCUUUAUGGUUAUGAGAAGAUCAGAAAAUUAGAAGAUUUGUUAGCAGAAAGUGCUGAAGUAAAUUUGUUUCCUCGUGUUCCGGAAGCAGAAGAUAUAUAUGUUUUUAGCUCUCCCCUAUGCCCACAAUCUCCAGAAUCCUCACAAUCCGCACAAUCCCCUUAUGAUGAUUAA